UAUGCCCUUAAUGCUUUUUAUAGUAAGUAAUCUUAAUGAAGAUGCCUAUUUUGAACGUUCAAUACAUUCGCCUCCUGACCUCCCAGCCAUAUAAAUGAGAGUGCCGGAAACUCAAUUAACAAAACCUGCACAAACAAAACAUCAUAAUCCACUUGAAACUUGAAGGGGUCUUUUCUUCUUUUUUUUUUUUUGUGUGUGAAAAUGCCUUCUGCUUCUUCAAAUUUUUUGCUUCCAUUAUGUGCUAUUCUUGUUUUCUAUAACACAGAUGCUAGCAUGGGAGAUGUUGGCUCUCCUGCUCCAGGCAAUACUCAAAAUCAAACAUUUUCGGCUCUUCUAGCAUUUGGAGAUUCAAUACUUGAUACGGGUAACAACAACAAUCUUUUUACAGUAACAAAAUGCAAUUUCCCUCCCUAUGGAAGAGACUUUCCUGGAGGAAAAGCAACUGGAAGAUUUGGGAAUGGAAAAGUUUUCUCUGACUUGAUAGGUAGUUUGGGAAUUAAGCCUGUAAUGCCAGCAUUUCUAGACCCAAAUUUUCAAAAUGAAGAUCUUGAAACAGGUGCAUGCUUUGCUUCAGGUGGUUCAGGAUUAGACAAACUAACAGCCCGAAUACAGAAUAUUCUAUCAAUCACGGAUCAGUUCAAUCUCUUCAAACAAUAUGUUGCAAAGCUUGAAGGAGCAGUUGGAGCAGAGAAAGCCAACGCUACCAUAUCCAACAGCUUGUUUCUUACUUCAUCUGGCAACAAUGACAUUGGGAUCACCUAUUUUUCAAUUUUGAGGAAUGACAUUAAUCAAUACACAACACAAUUGGUUGGCUGGGCUUCAUCUUUUCUUAAGGUAAAAGAUUUAUUAAUAUUUCUUUUCCGUAUUUUGUUCAACAUAGAAUUAAAAAAGAAAUUGAAGUAUCUCUCUUCUCAAUGGAAUCUGGUUAAAGGAUUUGCAUGGACUGGGAGCAAGGAACUUCUUGAUCUCAUUCAGAAUCCUAAUAAAUAUGGAUUUGAUGAUUCCACCCGUGGUUGCUGUGGCACAGGGACAUUUGAGGUAGCGUAUAUGUGCAACCAAUUAAAUCCAUUUACAUGUCCCAAUACAUCUAACCAGGUAUUUUGGGACACAGCGCAUCCCUCAGAAAGAGCAAUACAGGAUUAUUGUCUCGGAAGUCAUGGGCAAAAUUUCACAGCAGCUUUUGGUUUAAUUUGUUGUUUUUCUUUUAAAUUCCUUCUCUUUGUUUCAAAUGUUUUGACAUUUUCAGUCCACCAAUAA